AGCAUCCUGCAAGGGCAGCCGUAUUUCUCUGUGGAACCAAAGACAGGAGUCAUCAAGACCGCCCUUCCAAACAUGGAUAGAGAGGCUAAAGACCAGUAUUUGCUUGUUAUUCAGGCAAAGGAUAUGGUUGGUCAAAAUGGAGGACUCUCAGGAACUACUUCGGUCACCGUGACCCUAACUGAUGUCAAUGAUAACCCACCUCGCUUUCCUCGAAGGUCUUACCAGUAUAAUGUUCCAGAAUCACUGCCAGUAGCUUCUGUUGUGGCCAGAAUUAAAGCAGCCGAUGCAGAUAUAGGUCCUAAUGCUGAAAUGGAGUACAGAAUCGUGGAUGGUGAUGGAAUGGGGAUUUUCAAGAUUUCUGUUGACAAAGAUACUCAGGAAGGAAUCAUUACUAUACAGAAGGUAGGGUCUUUAUUUUUAUUUUCUAUUAGGGUAACAUUACAGAGAUUACUGAGAAGCCACGUCUGCUUUGAAGGAGGAAUGUGUCAGGCAAACUGAAUGCAUGUGGAACCAUUUUCAAUUUAAUUUCAGGAAGAAAAGCUAUGCAUUUAUAUGUCAGAGUCUUAGAGAAUCUUAAAAGACUUUUAUAAACACAGCCCAUGAGGUCUCUUUUGUGAGUAAACCCAGCUUUUAUCAAGAGCACUAUAACAAGAUGACACAUGAGGAAUUGUGCAUCUAAAUGACCUACAUGGAGAGAUGAGGAUGCUUCUUCAUUGAAUGUGCCCAUAAUGGAGCCCUAAAGUCAUCCAAAAACCUUGUAAGUCAAGUAGACUCCACGUGCAUGAAAACAUUAUAAACUCAGAAGUAGAAACCAAACUGUUAAAGUCUGGCUGUAUUACCAGUUAUUUCACUUAAAAAUUUCUAUGAAUGAAUUGAAAUACUUGAGUUUAUAGAAAGAGAACACGGAAAGUGGUGAAACCUAUCAUGCUCUCUUAAAUAUAGAUGCAAAGGAGAUAGAAAGUAGUUGUAAU